GUAUCUCUGAUGUAGAAUUCAGAGUGUCACCGCCAUCAGCGGUUCUCCUAAUUUCGAGAAAAGCGAUUUGCGGCCUAGAAAGAAGAGACAAAAAUAUAUAGACUCCGACGCCGAAGACGAUGAAAUAGCUCUAACUAUGCAAGGGACAAGCUCUAUGGCAGAAUUUGAAAUAUAUCUAAACGAUGACAAUGGAUUGGAGACAUUGACUAGUCAGACUGUAGACGAGAGUCCAAAAAGAGAGAAAAGAAAACGAGUCAAGUUUUCAAACGCAACAGGGGCUAAAAAAAGAAAAAUUGAGCCGGAAACUAUAGAUAUCAGUGACGAUGAUGACAAACAAACAACCACAAGGAAAGUGUCAUUAACCACACCUGAGUCAACAGUUCAAACCAGGGCAGCUGUGCUGGCAAGACCUAAUUUCAGUCGUAAGCAAACAAUACAUUGCUCAGAAAAAGAGAUAGAAAACUUUUUUUGGGAACUUGACGGCGGUGGCUACAUCACAGCACUUUUGGCAGCAUGUCCCGUCAAAAGUCCGGCAAAUUUUGGAAGAAAAGUAUCUAUGAAACAAUCCUUGGCUGCAUCGCAGCACGUAGUCAUGGCCGGGCGAUUCAGUUCAGCAGUGAUAAAGAGAAUAAACAAACUUUUCAAUCGCUGGUACUUCAAGAACGAGGCAGCAAAGAACACGGACCGUGAUGAUGUUUUGGAGCUUUUCGGAGUACCAAGUGAUUGGAGGUUUUCAGCCAAAGCACAUCAUGCAGCUUGUCAUAUCCUUUGCAGAUGGUAUCUAGGAACAUGGAUUACGACUGAAUUAAAUACCAAAGUAGAAAGAUUUUUAAAUGAGUAGUAGUUUUAGUUUUUGGGAAUUUAGUAAUGUUACAGUUUAUAUGUAUGUAUAUCUAGAUAUAUAUUGUAGAUCUGCAUCAAUCUUAAUUAUUCUCAUUCUUUUCGAAGUAACGUCUGAUAGCUAACAUUUGAAGCUGUUGGAGUUUAGUUGAUUGACGAUUUGGCAAGACAUUAAUUGCUAAUAAAGAAAAAAUGGCUGCCGAAAA